CCGUGCGCGACCUCCUCGGAGGGACUUGUGGCACGCUCGGCGCUGGCAUCUACCCCAAUCAUCGACCACGGAAGGCGGGGAGGAAAAACCGGUUGACAAAAAACAAAGCUUGGAAAGUGACUCGUUUGUUUGACGAACUUGAUUGGGUUUGUUCGUUUCUAUGUAUGUAGCUCUUGUCCAGAGUCUAGAGUCCAGAUAACGCCCAAACCUACGCCUGAUUCGUAUUAUCAUCUGACAAGAGAAUCUACUUGAGUCAAAGGAAAUAGAGUUCCCAUGCCUGGGCAGGAAGAACCGAGAUACUACUCGCUCAUCGAGCCACUCAGAGAAUCAUCUUCGCCUUGUGGAUAUUGCCAUUCUAAGUCGGAUUCGAGUCACACGUAUGGAGUCUGGGCUCAUGACUUGUCCCCACAAGUUUAUCAAAUGAUGAUGGAUCGUGGCUGGAGACGGUCGGGCUCUUAUCUGUACUUACCCGAUCGACGUACAACCUGCUGCCCGCCUUACACGAUCAGAUGUUCCGCCUCAGGUUUCCAAGCAAGUAGAGGUCAAAGACAAGCAGCUUAUCGAUGGCGAAAGUUCAUCGAAGGCGCAACCGAACAUUCUGGAGCGCCAAAACAGCAGAAGCCUCAGUCUACAUUUGAUUUGUGUCAAGUUCUCAAUUUUGAUGAUGCUCAAGGUACACCACCAACUAUAAAAGAGCACGAAUUCCAGAUCAGGAUCGAGCCAGCUGCAUUCACCGAAGAAAAAUUCAAACUCUACAAGAAAUACCAAAUUGAGGUGCAUAACGAUCAAGCGGAGGAAGUGACGAAAAAGUCGUUUGAAAGUUUUUUAUGCACGAAUCCGUUUCGAUCAGAUCGCUCGGUAGCCAAACACGCGUGCUGGUUGGUCGAUGACCAGCUGAUAGCCUUUUCGGUUAUUGACAUCUUGACACUAGGCAUCAGUAGUGUGUAUCUUGUCUGGGACACCGAUUAUGCCAAGUAUGGGUUGGGCCGGUUGGCGUCGCUGCAAGAAAUCGCCUGGAUUCAAGAAUGGGGGGCAUCGAAGUUGGGCGAGCAAUUUGAUUGGUAUUACCUUGGUUUUUACAUUCAUUCGUGUCCGAAGAUGACCUACAAAGCAGAAUAUUCUCCCAGCUUCCUUCUAGAUCCAUCAGCGCUAGACUGGUGGCCGUUGGAAGACUGCAUUCCGAUUCUUGACGCGAGCGAGUCAAAUGUAACAAGUUUUGCAUCAUCGGACGUGAAUCAAGAAGGCAAAAAAUCUGAUCGAGCCGAUUUCUCAGUCAAGAUAUUGACUCAGACUGGAGCGAUCGAGACUGUGAAAUCGAGCGAUCCAAGAGUGAAAGAAGUGGUGGAAAAGGUAGGAGCUGAGAUUGUCAGAUUGUCUUUGAUUUGCAUUUGAGCUACAUAUGUAAGGCUUGCUUAAAAUGUACAACGUAUCCAACUCGUAUUUCAUCUGCCUAAGUAUGUUGUAAGAAUUAUAUCACUAUGCCCGGAUCAUUGAUAUGAAUGAAACUUGAUUAACGCAUUUUUUAGAUGAUUUUAUUGAUGCAUGACGCCAGUGUACAAUCAACACAUGAACCUGAGUAUUGC